UUCCUUUUGUUUUUACUCUCUCUCUGCUACGUCCAUGAACAUUUAACACAAACGCCCAAAAUACCACAAUAUAUACGUCACCGUAUACAUGUGUGUGUGUCGCAUGCUCUCUCUCUCUCUCUCUCUCUCUUUUUCUUCUGUAGAACGUAUGGACGUUAAAAGUAUUGUAACCAAUUUGCGCUGUGUUUAACUGUAAGCCAAUUUCACAACCGGUAAGAAAAGACACCGCAUCGUACAGGCGCCCUGCCCUAUCAAAUUACUGGUAUCUUCUACAGGCUCGGCAGGGAAUGCAAGCACUUGGAGAGCAACCGUUAAACGGAAGUUGAAGAAAAUCUAGCAUCGUUUGUCCUUUUAACGUUUCCUUUUUGGGGAUGUCUACAUACUUUUAAAAACUGCUACAUAAACUGUCGAAGUCAUCAUGCAUAGGGAAAAGUACGAUUUGCAACCAGAGCCAAGAACAAGCUUGUCUGAAAAAUUUGCCAGUUACUAUGGCAGCCUACGAACGAUGUGGCUGGGAUCGAACCUGGCAGGCAGACGAACGCCUACAGUGCAGGAAAACCCAUUUGCCGAAGAUGCGGAACUUACGGCCUUCCAGAAGGCGAAAGAAGAGGGUAUUUUAAAGCCCAAGACUGUUGAACUACACCGGACCCUAAACCGGACUGCCCACCGGACCCAGGAUUAUGAGAUCCCUAACCUGAUCCUUAGGCGGGGUCAAGACUUCACCAUCAAGAUAACCUUCGAGAGAAUGUUCGUAGAAAGAGAGGAUCAAAUCCAUCUCAAAUUUGUAACAGGGUCAAGACCUCUGCAAAGUAAGGGCAGUGUUGUGUCGGUCAACAAAACUGAGAGUCCAUCGAAAACCGAAUGGGGAUUCAGCAUCGUAGAGAUUCUGGAAAAAGGCGUAACACUCAAAGUGUCGUCUGCACCGGACUCAAUUGUUGGACGUUACCAGCUGUUCAUAGACACUGAGCACUGCGGUGCAAACCAGACGGAACCGGAAAAAUACAGAUACAAACACCCAGACGACAUUUAUCUGAUAUUCAACCCGUGGUGUGAAGGUGACUGUGUGUACCUGGAUGAUGAAAACCAACGCGAGGAAUACGUUCUACGAGAAACGGGACGGAUUUGGCUCGGCACUGUCGGGAAAUUCUGUGUCCGGCCAUGGAAUUUUGCUCAGUUCGACGACGUCUGUUUGGUGGCAGCGUUGGCGAUGUUGGAGAAGUCGGAGCUGGGAGACCCGGCCAGGAACAACCCCAUCCUCAUCGUCCGCUCCAUCUGCAAAGUCAUAAACAACAAUGAACGUGACGGAGGGGUUCUCUUUGGCAACUGGUCUGGAAAAUACGAUGAUGGUGUUGCACCAUACGCCUGGAACGGAAGUUCCGCCAUAUUGGAGGAAUUUCUUAAAAAACGGAAAGGAGUCAAAUACGGACAGUGCUGGACGUUUUCCGCAGUAACCACAACAAUUUUACGAGCUCUGGGUAUUCCAACCCGAUGCAUCUCUAACUUCCGGUCUGCUCAUGACAGCGACUAUAGUAGUUCCAUCGACGCUCAUUGGACGGUGGAUGGACGACCACGAAAAACAAUGGAUGAUGCAAUCUGGGAUUUCCAUGUUUGGAACGAGUCCUGGUUCAAGCGACCCGAUCUUCCUGACGGCCACGACGGUUGGCAGGCGUAUGACCCCACUCCACAAGAAUGUACUGAAGGUGUUUUCACGUGCGGACCUGUCUCAGUCAAAGCAAUCAAAAGAGGUGAGCUGUAUUUUGGGUCUGAUGCCAGGUUCCUCUAUGCUGAGGUGAAUGGCAGCAGGACUCACUGGACCGUCGACGCAGAUGGAAAUAUGACGCCAUUUCUGUCUGAGUGUGACGUCAUAGGAAAGAAUGUCAGUACAAAGGCAGCAGGGACAAUUUCCCGCGAAGACUUGACAUCCGCAUAUAAACACAAAGAAGGUAGUCAAGAACAUGCAGCUGCAAGCCAAAGAGCCAAAGCGAUUUGCUUCCGUCGCCUAACACCAGCAGACGCAAAGAGUCCUGAUGACUUGAAGUUCGUGUGUCUGGGCGAGAGCACCAAGGCUGGAGAUGUCUCUGUCACCAUGAAGGUGCAGAAUGACACGGCGGAAUCUCGGGUCGUCGACAUCUACCUGUCUGCCGUGGCCUCCUUCUACACCGGUGUGCCUUCCAGUGACAUCAAAGACACAGCAUCCACCAUUGUCAUCGAACCUUCUGGAGAGAGUGAGGUUUCCUUGAAGUUGCACCCGACUGAAUACAUCAACAGCAGUGAUGCCGAUACCCACGUGAACGUGUACGCUCACGGACGAGUCAACGAGACUGGGCAGAGGUUUGCUGCUCACGACGUCUUCUGGAUAGAGAAACCUCAGCUCGAAGUAAAGUCCGAGGGAAAAGGUCAGCUAGGAAAGCCGUUUGAAGUGGUGGUGAAGUUAGUGAACACUCUAUCACUUCCACUAACUGGAGGUGUCCUUAAUAUUGAGGGACCUGGAAUACAGAGGGUAGCUGCAGUGAAGAUAAAGAAAAAUAUAGCAGCCGGUGAGGAGCAUAGAGAAACAAUCAAGCUCAACGCUAGAAGAGUUGGAAGAAAAGAAAUUAUUGCCAACUUCUAUUGCAAGCAGAUCUGUGACGUCACGGGCGUUGGGGAAAUUGACAUUUAUGAAGAAAAUAAAGUCUAAAAAAAUAACCAAACUCAAUAAUAAUAAAAUAGUACUUUUAAUCUAAACAGUAACCAAUUUAUUAACUAUAAAUAUCUACAAAUAUGCAUUAAAGUCCCAAUUUUUUAGACAGUGUAAAUUACUUUUUGUUAUUACACGUUUUUAUCAUUUACUUACAUGUUACCAGCAACCUUUUGUUAAAUUAAUUUAUUAUUUUUAUGUAUUCAAGUCCCUGACUGGUUAGUGUAAAAUUCGUUUGGAUAUUACACGUUUUUACCAUUAACUUGCAUGUUACUAGCAACUUUUUGCUUCAAUUAAUGUAUCAGUUUUAUGUAUUAAAGUCCCUAACCAGUGUAAAAUAAUUUUAGCUAUUGUACGUUUUUACUAUUAGCUUACACAUUACUAGCAUUUAUUUGCUUAAAUUAUCAAUUUUAGCAAAUCCAAUGUGUUUUUUGGAGACUUUGUGUUUUUGUAGUUGUUCAAAAUUUAAACAUGGUUCACCAGCUUUAAAGUACACGUAGUCCCUUUAGUUUAGGUCAGGUCAUGUCAGGUCAGGUCAUAGGAUUUAAUGUUCACAUUCAGAACAAGCUGCUGUAGAACAUGUCUGUCAUGGGCGCAGGUUUCGGCUCUCGUCAGGUCCUUCGUCCAGAACAGAAGGACCUUUAUUUUACACAGUUGGUCCUUUUUAUAAUGCCUACCUGUGUAUAUUAAACGGCCUUGGUAGUAUAGUGGUUAAUUCAUUGGACGUAAGGCUGGUAGCUACUGGGUUCGCACCCCAGUACGAGCUCCCACUCAGUAGUUGGUUGAGGAGGUGCAAGGCCAGUAAUAUUUCACUAACAAUUCAUCAUUAACCCACUACAUGUCCUGGAAAGACAUCCCCCACAGCAUGCUUGAAUCUCAAUUAUAUUGAUGUGUGUGUGUGUGUUGGGGGGGGGGGGGUAUUUCUGUCCCGGGUCAGAUCACCGGCUAUCCAGAGACCGGACCCGGGACAGACAUGCUCGAAACUCUAGUGGUAUAUGAGCAUGUAAAUAAAUAUUGGUAAUGGGAGGGGGGAUCAAGAAUACUCAAUAAAAUUGAUUAAGGACAACUAGAUAUUUUCUUUAAAUAUGUUGUUUGGUUUUUUUUUAAACAUACAGCUUUUCCCGUUUCAAUGUGUCAACGCUGUGGUAUGUUGUUAAAAUUAAUGAUUUAAACAACAAUCUAGAGCAAACAAACUUACAAAUAUCGUCAUGAACCAAUGUGUAAAGAAUCUAUUUAAGUGAAUGCGCAUAUCAGCAAUUUUCAUAAUAUCCUUUCCCCUCUCUUCUUAAAACAAAAAAAAAUUAAAUUAAAAAAAACACCAAAAAAAAACCCACACACACUGGGUAGGGUGCAAGACCUUUAUGUGUAUCAGUGGUCAAAUGUUACUAAAAUAGUAUGCUACUAGGAAAGGUUUUAACAAAGAGACUAAUUAAUUUUGUUGAAUACAUUAUAAGAGGAUGAUGAUGCGCGACAUAGUCGUUAUGAACAAGUGAUUCUUAUAUAGAUGUUAUAGGUAUAGCUGUGUAGAGAACGACAAUGCCUACAGUACCCUUUAUAGAAAAUGGCAGGUCUUAUAAGGUGGCCUGUAUAGGUUACUCUAAUUAAUGUAAGUAUACUGUUGUAGACAUUCAAGUCGGGUUACAAAAUAAUUAUAAUUAUAGAAGUAACUUUGCAUAUAUACGACUAUAUGAUUUAAAGGUACUUCGUUUUUUAAAAAGACUGUAUGGUAUUUAUGGCUAAAACUUAUUUUUUUGCAUGAAAUCAAGGGCGGAUCCAAUGGAGGGGAUCAGAGGGACCUGUCCCCUCCCCAAAAAUAUUCACGUGCCCCAUUUUUUAGUAAUUUGUUUACAAACCUUUCCAUUUUACAAAUAACAAAAUCUUAUUGAAGUUCCCGUUUUAGGAGUGGGUCUCUGUGCUCUUUUGUCAUUGGUCCGCUCCUUAAAAUAAUCCCUGAAUCCACCCUUGCUUGAAAUAGUAAUUUUGUUUAUAUCUAGUCAAUGUGAUAUUUGGUUUUUAAUGUACAAUCACCUGAACAUAUGCAUAACGCAUCACACUUUUUAAAAAUACAAAUCUUAACCCAUGACCAGUUAACGCUCAACUCGUUCGUUAGGCCUAGAUAUGGCAAUUCUGAAAUGUUUUUGCCGUAUGCAAAAAGCUUACCUACGGCAAUUUUGAGUCUGCCUACAAAUAUUUUAAACCAGUAACAAACAUGAAAACCAAAAAUUAUUCCUUGAACCGACGGCAAUAAUGUUUAUCCAGUGGCAAAAAAAGAAAAGAAAAAAAGAAAAGAAGACUGCCAUUGAUAAAGCAUCUGACUUACGGCAAUUCAUGUCGCAAUCACAAUUGCCGUCGAUAAGUUUGAGCCCACGCAUACUGGCUAUUCGACAUUAUGCAUUUCUUUAAAAAUGUUUACAAAGGAAGGAAGGAAGGAAGGAAGAAGGAAGGAAGGUAUGAUUUAUUUAACGACACACAACACAUGCAUUUUAAUUACUGUUAUUUGGCGUCCGACAUAUUGUUAAGGACCACAUACGUAAGGAGAGAUAAAACCCGCUGCCGCCACACUUUGGGCCACUCUUUCCGUAGUGAUUAGUAAUGAUUGGGACGGGAUUAGGACAAUCAAGAACACAUCAGAUGUACAGAAUUGAUCAUUCUAAGCAAGAAACUACGUUUCAAUUAAAAGUACAAUACACUAUUUUAAGAUGAUGUACCUUUAAUAAUGUUCAUAAUAUGACUUGGAAUAAAUUUUAUUGUGUUAAACUCGGACAAGUUAACGAAACUUCCAAUCUAAAAUUGAUUUGUUUGUUUGUUUUGUUUAACGACACCACUAGAGCACAUUGAUUUAUUAAUCAUCGGCAUCUAAAAUUGAUUUGAGGACGGGAUCUGUAAGCUUUUGCGUUCAUUUGAAGACAAUUUUUAUUUUGCUUUAAAAUACUAGUAAUUAACAUAUGUUAUAUGUUAGCACAGCAUAAACGCUAAUGUAAUAAUGUACAUUGUAUAUAUAAUUAUUAUGUAUUUUGUUUUUAAAACUGCAUUCUCCCUCUUCAUCUUGUAAUAUCGCCUUUCAGUGCAAAAUACACAUUUUAAUAAA